AUGGUUUCCGUAACGAUCACCUACAGGCAGCCCGGCACGCAGCCUCCCAUCUUCGUCGCCGGCUCCUUCUCGAAUCCGAAAUGGGAACCCCAGGAAAUGGACUUCACCACCGGAGAUGGUGGAGAACACACCUUUUACAAAAACAUUGAGGUGCGACCAAGCUCGCAGAUCCAGUACAAGUUCCGUGUUGGUCAAGGCGACUGGUGGGUUCUUAAUGAGGAUGCCGCUGUAGUGACCGACGAGUCUGGCAAUCGGAACAACUAUCUCGAAGCACCUGCGUCUCAAGAGCCGAAGCAGCUCAACGGUGUGAACGGUGACAGUCAAAAGGCAAGCGAAGACGCUGAAACUUUGGAAGACAUGGACGCCUCGAAAGCUGCUAGAGACUACACCGCUACCCAGCUCGAGCCGAAGACAAACAUCCAAGGUCAUCUCAAGGACGAGGAGCGGCAAAGACUCUCAUCGACCCCAAUUGGGCAAGUUGCGGACACCGCGGCAGAGGUCGCCGAUACCGCCGAGAAGCUUGACGCCGAGGUUGACACGACUCGGCUUGCACCGCUCCCCAAGGGCGUAGAGCAUCUCAAAGAUGAGGAGAGGAAGCGUCUAUCUUCGACGCCAAUUGAACAAGUUGCGAGCACUGCCGCUGAGGUUGCUGACACUGCCCAGAAGCUGGACGCUGAUGAGGACCUCGAAGGAGAGGAUGCGGACGAUGGUCCCCCACCUCUGUUCGCUCACGAAGCUCUCGGACCCUAUGAGCCUUCAGCCGAUGAUGAAGACGGAAACCUGAAGGACUACGAUCACCAUGGCAAUGUGGAGUACGAUGUCGACAAAUACGAUCUCAAUGAUCCCACCUUGGAGCGGUGGCCCUCAAACCGUGAUGGGAUCAUUGACGCUGUGCGCAAGGUCGAAACUGGACGUAACGAAGAUCAGACUACUUUCCAUGGCGCACCCAUUUCACCGGUGAUUGGAUCACGCCGAGCCAGUGUUGACCAAUAUUAUGAGGAAGCUGUCCUUUCGUCAGAGCCCUCUAGUCCAGGUUCUACCAAGAGGCUUGAGCUACCUAGAAAGUCUCACGGCUCCAUGGUCUCGGACAGAUCUCUCCUUUCUCUAGGAUCAAUUGCCGAAGAGGAUAAGGAGACUCCAACUGCGGAUGAAGCCAAUCGCGAGAAUGAGGGUUUGAUUAGGGUCCCGAGCCCCGCCGUACGGCCGACGCCGAAUAUCUUUACAUCGCCUGGGAGUGACGAUGACGAGGGAGUCGUUAUGAAGGGCUCCAAGUCCAGGAAAAGCUCAGAGUCUGCAAGCUCGGAUUCCCCCGCUGCCAACGGACAGUCCAACGGCAAGCACUCGAGGGAUCUGUCACCAAAGUCUCGCCCCGCAGAGCCUGACAGCCCCAGCAUCCGCGUUGAGCCGCCUCAAGAUAGAGCAGGCUUCAGCGCCAGUCAGGAUAGUGAAUCGGCAAGGGCUUCUGCUUCGAGCACUAACGGCGAGGUGUCAACGACCGGUCGCGAUGACGGUCACAAGGGCCAGCUCAAGAAGCGCGGGGUCGGAUCGACCGAGCGUCCUGGAACCCCUUCCUCGAUACACAGCGUCACAGACAGCAAAGGAGGCUGGCUCCAGGCCUUCUUCCGCGUACUUUUCGUAGACUGGAUCGGUGGACUGUUUAGUCGCUUAUUCGGCAGCAAGAGAAAGGCGAUGCUGGCCACGAGCACGGCUGCCAUCGUUGUAGGAGUUGCAUGGUGGAAGUUCGUCAUAGGCGGCGACUUGAGCUGGCCUGAAGCAUUGAUUUGA